AUGGCACGAACCCACUCAGGGCAAGAGAAGGGGAUGGGCUGCGUCCUCACACCGAGCCGCAUCCUGGCGUCUAUGCUGCUGCUGUUCGUCACCUGCCAGACUAGUUUUUCUAAUACUACAGAAGAGCCCCCGAAAGAAGCUGAGGCAAAUGACAACAUAACAAUAUUUACACGAAUAUUAGAUGGACUACUGGAUGGCUAUGACAACAGGCUACGUCCAGGGUUGGGAGAGAAGGUUACAGAAAUAAGAACCGAUAUAUUCGUUACAAGCUUCGGCCCAGUCUCAGAUACUGAAAUGGAGUACACCAUCGACGUGUUUUUCCGGCAGAGCUGGAAGGACGAGCGCCUUCGCUUCAAAGGCCCCAUGGAGAGGCUCCCGCUCAACAACCUGCUGGCCAGCAACAUCUGGACGCCCGACACUUUCUUCCUCAACGGGAAGAAGUCCAUCGCUCACAACAUGACCACCCCCAACAAGCUUCUCCGACUGCAGGAUGAUGGAACGCUGCUGUACACCAUGAGGUUAACCAUAUCAGCUGAGUGUCCCAUGCAGUUGGAGGACUUCCCUAUGGACGCCCACGCCUGCCCCCUGAAAUUUGGAAGCUACGCCUACCCGAUCUCUGAGGUGGUCUACAUCUGGACCAAGGACUCCACCACGUCGGUGGUGGUAGCUGAGGACGGCUCGAGGCUUAACCAGUACCACCUGAUCGGUCAAACCGCUGGCACCGAGAAUAUCUACACCAGCCGAGGUCAGUACACGGUGAUGAUGGCCCACUUCUACCUGAAGAGAAAGAUUGGCUACUUCGUCAUCCAGAUCUAUAUGCCCUGCUUCAUGACGGUCAUCCUGUCACAAGUGUCCUUCUGGCUCAACCGAGAGUCAGUGCCGGCAAGGACCGUCUUUGGUGUGACCACGGUACUGACCAUGACCACGCUCAGCAUCAGCGCCCGCAACUCGCUCCCCAAGGUGGCCUACGCCACCGCCAUGGACUGGUUCAUCGCCGUGUGCUACGCCUUCACCUUCUCGGCGCUCAUCGAGUUCGCCACCGUCAACUACUUCACCAAGAGGAGCUGGGCCUGGGACGGCAAGAAGGCCAUGGAGGCACAGCACCCCAAGAAGCGGGACCGGGACCCCUUAAUGCUGUCCAAGAAGCCCAACAACGUGUGCUCCGCCGGGGUCAACUUCACGCCCAACCUGACCAAAGACGUGGCCAUCUCCACCAUCUCCAACAGCACCACCAUCCAGAUGCGCGCGACCGAGCCGCGCGAGCCGGACCCCAAGAAGACGUACAACAGCGUCAGCAAGAUCGACAAGAUGUCGCGCAUCAUCUUCCCCGUGCUCUUCGGGACCUUCAACCUGGUGUACUGGGCCACCUACCUCAACCGGGAACCAGUCAUCAAAGGGGCCGUGUCGCCCACAUAGAGAAGAACCGCUGCUCUGUCUUGUCAACAUCGACUC